GCGGGGUACCCCGUCUGCUGACGGGGGUGCGGGGGUGGACCUCUAGCCGUCCGCCCUCCGCCAAUUUUUUCUAUCUUCCAGAGAGUGUCGUCUUUCUCAAAGUUGAUCCAAACCCUAAAAGGAAAAGGAGAGGAGAAAUGGCGACGAGGGGUAGCAGAUCAGAGAAGGUGAAGAGGAUUUUCCAGCAAUUCGAUGCGAAUCGAGACGGAGGUCUCAACAGGGACGAAAUGGAGGCUCUCGUCGUGGCGGUGAACCCUAGGGUUAAGUUCAGCGAAGAGCAAAUCAACGCCAUUCUCGACGAGGUUUUUAGGACAUACGGCGAGUUCAUCAACGACGAGAAGGGCUUGACCUAUGAGGGGCUUUUGUGGACUUAUGACGACGGUGCUGGCGACGUGGACCGUGAAUUCGACGCGCUGGAGCUCGAGCUCAAUUUGGAGGAGAAUAUUAAGGGUACUUCUGGAGCGUCCUCGUCUUCCAUAGCGGAUGAGCGCGCAAUCGAGUCCCAAAAGAAGCAGAGGACCUCGGCGUGGGCGGUCUCGCCCAACCACGGCAUAUCUAUGCAGGGGGAUGGAGGGGAACGGAGGGGCCUUAUAUAUGCAGGGGCGGGGUGGGGGAUUUACAGAGCGGGGUUGAGCCCCCUCCGUCCCCCGCCUCCGCAGUUCCCCUUCUUACGGGGCGGGGUGCCCCGCCCCCGGCCUGUGUGGGGCGGAUCCCCCGCCCCACCCAGGCGGGGGCGGGGCGAACGGUGCGGUGCAGCGGGUGGCGGGCACCCGCUGCCCACCCCUGCCUCCCGCGUUGAAAUUGAGCCCGCGUCAAAACUACUACCUGCCUGCAUUGAACCUCAUCUCCCCACCUCCACUGGUGAUGCCGUCUGUUUCAAGCCGUUAUGCCAUUUUCGCAGUUUGAAAGCAUCCAGCGACGUCAUCUAUUUGAAGCCAUUACGCCAUUUUCGCCGUUUGAAAGCAUCCCGCAUCGUCCAACAGAAUCGCUGUCGUCUCUGUCGUCGCCCAACACCCAUGAAUCGUCGUUGGCCCUAG